CUGAAGAUCUCAGAUUAAUGUUUGUAUGUUGUCCAGAUUGUCUUCCAUCAUCUGCCAUGAGACUUUCCAUCCUGCUCUUCUGUUUCUUCCAUGGGAUCUUCUGGGCAUCAGGUUAUUACUGUACUCACCAACCAAAAACCCUCCACGUGAAGGAAGGAGAUUCGGUCACCAUCCCGUGUUCAUACACCUAUCCUGAGAACCACAGAGGGAAGUCACAGAUUAUAGUAACUUGGUGGGAAGCAUAUACAGUACAGUGCUCCAAUAUCAGGAAAUACAUAAUAGAGAAUAAUGGGAAUAUUCAUAAGGAGUAUAAAGACCGGAUCUCUGCAGUAAACCAUCCUGAUAACCAGACAGCGUCUAUCGUAAUCCGAGGACUGAAAGCUUCUGAUGGAAUCACAUUCUGCUGUGGAGUAAAUGUGGACAAUGCUCGCUAUCAAUCUUAUGAUGUGUAUGGGACGUUUCUGAACCUUGCAGAUGGAAGAUGGUUGUCUCAGGUGGAGGAACUGAUCGCUUUCCCAGGAGAAGAGCUGAUUAUCCCCUGUCAUCACCCGCUGAAGACCCUGAGGGAAGCUCUACAAGUGACCUGGUAUAGAGGAUACAGUGAGCUGUGUGACUUUAAUACAGAGAAGAUUUAUAAAUGGGACCAAAAACCCACUAUCGGUGCAGAUGAAUUCUCACUGGUGAACAUCUCUGAAGACUUCUCUGUGCGUAUACACCGUGUACAGAGUAAUAGAGGCCUCCACUAUUGUUGCAAUGUGACCACCAGUGAUGGACAAAAAAUAAAGAGCCGAAGAAGUACAGAACUGAUCAUCGCAGGUCCCUCCUCCUCCUCCUUACCAUUCACUGUUAUCCAGCCUGAUGACGUCACAGGUCACAGAGAAGAGUCUGUGACCCUGAGCUGCACCUACAGCCGAUAUAUGGAGAGUGAUGUCCUGGGGGUUAAUAUUUACUGGAGACUGGGUAACAUAAGCGGACCUUACGUCUACCACCCCUACAAGGAGAUGAUUCAUCCUGAUUAUAGAGGAAGAACAGGAAUACAAGGAGAAGCAGAUCUGCAGAUACGGGGGCUACAGAUGUCAGACGACUCCAUGUAUUACUGCUUUGUGAUGAUCAGACUGUGUACUGGAAAUGAACAAUAUAAAAAACUAGUUCAGUAUGGAGGAGGGACACGACUAAUUGUGACAGAUCCUGUCCAGUCACAUCUACAUCCACCAACCGUCAUCUUUGCCUCGUACAUUGGUCUGAAAUUCUUCAUCUCGCUUGCAUUUAUCAUUUUUACUUUUAUCUAUUAUAAAAAAUCUAUGAUAUAAAACCAGAUCAGGCUGCACAUAAAAUAUCCUUAUAUCUAUUGCUCGGAUAUUCUAGCUGAUGGCUUCUGCUGGUUACUGUAGUACACAUCAGUAUCUGUAAGAUUCUCUGCACUCCCAUAGCUGCAAACCCCAAAUGUACCCCAAAGUCACCAAUUUGUGGGAAUUAUGUUGUCACCCGAUUUUCAUACUGUAUAUGAGGCAAUGAAAGGAGACAUUACUCUCUAUGAAUACAGAAUGGUAAAUGGUGGCUUCAUCCUGAUGUAAUUGAUCAGAGAUGGUAAAUUAACAAGCGUUCUCUCAUCCACCUUCGCAUAUCAGGAUGUCUUAUCAUGGCAGAGAUGUAACCCAGCAUCCAGAGGAUCCUCAGAUGGACCUAGAUCCUGACAUGUUGCUCAGCCACAGGACAGCCUACAAGGUCCAGAAGACAAUCCAUCCAAACUUUCUGAUAAUGACUAUUUUGAUUUCUUUCAUAGACAAUCAUUUCUCCAUUUUAUGAUGAUCCAUGUAUAUGAUGAUAAUCUCAGACUUUAUAGUGCUCUAGUUCAGUACAGAUGUGUCCUCCCUUACCGUCCAUAUUUUCUCAACAUUUGUCUUUUCUCACCUUCCCUCUUUUCUCCAUAUGUGCCGUUCCUACCUUCCAUUUUUCUCCAUACAUGUUCUUCCUUACCUUCCCUCUC